CGCGCGGCCUCUCUUACCAUCCACCACCACUGAAUCCGCCUGUUCGAUAUGUCCCUUCCUCAAUGUCCAACCUUGGACAUGAUCCUGCUGUUCGCCUGCAAUCUGUGUCCUCUAUCCACAUCCAUAGCCCUGCAAAGUCGCUAGAUUCUCGAGCUUCCCAUGCAUGUGAUCUCAACAGCUCGGAAACAGCGCAACAGCUUGGAACAGCAUAACAGCGUAUACUUAUACCGUGCUAGGCUCGGCUGUGCCAACGGUGGACCCACCCUCUCACCACCACCACUACCACCACUACCACCAGAAUGUCGGGAGAUUCGAAUAUUGGCGCAUGGAUACAAUUUGCAAAGCUUACCGCGGCUGCGGGUGAAAUGGCCCCAUUUCCGUACAUCAAGGGUGUUGCAGGAUGUAUAGCGACAAUUCUUGAGGUCAUUGAGUUAGCUGGCAAGAACAACAAAGAUAUUCAAGACUUGGCAGAGAGCAUUGGAACGACAAUACGGAUCAUCAAGGAAACCGUUGAAGCACACGGUGAUACGAGUGCGACACAUUUUCGCGAUGUAUGUGUGGAGCUUCAGGCAUACCUGGAGAGUUUAAUUUCCGAACUAAACACCACUCGACGGAAUUUGAAGUCCAAAAGCAUUACGCGAUUCCUGAAAACGAAGAAGAUUUCCGGCGUUAUCGAUGGAUACAAGCAGCAAGUGAACAACAUCAAGGCAGAUUACCUUGUUCUGGUUACUACCGACUCAAGGUUCGCGAUGUCUGAGAUGCAGGAUGCCCUGAGCACUGUCACCUCGACCGUUAAAUCUCAGGCACACUACAUCCGAAGCGAGAUACGUUCCUUGGGCGAUAUCCAGAAGGAACAUGCGGCCCAGAUUUGUGAGAAGCUUCAGGAUCCGAAGGGAUAUUAUAAAGGACAGGUUCGAGAACUUUUCCCGGGGGACAUCUACAUAGGAAAGCUCGUGUCUCUUUCUUGGCCUGAUUCUUCCCCUGGAUACGAAGACAGAUACGGCACAGUCGAGAACAGCAACACAGCAAAAAUCAUUCGCGUAUACCAAUAUUCUCCUGAUAAUGAAGAAGCUACGCUGAAACAAUUCGAUGAUGAUGCAGACACUUUGAUUAAAAUGAAGCACCCAAACAUCCCACAAGUCUUUGGUAUCUGCAGAUCGCCAAACUUUCCAGUGAUUGUAUUUCACGGUACCACCUUGAUCACUUUCGGUGAUUAUGAACAUAACCUGACUGCCAAGCAAUUUGCAAUACACGCUUUCCAAUUCGGGAAGUUUGGCAGUUGACAACUAUACCCAUCUCAACGAACAUGGGCAAAUUGUUGUGACGAAUGUGGUAUCUAACCAGGACAGCAGUGGGGAUUUUUAUAUGUAUAUCUCUUAUACACCAAGGGAGUGCAGCUAUUUUUCGGUCUUGCCGCCUGACCCGGAGGAGCUGCUUUCCAGCCAAAUCAAGAGAUGGUCCCUGUCGUCCACAUUGCGAAAGGACAAUUUAUGCAAUGUGUAUAAUACUAUCAAACG